AUGACAUGCGUAUCACAACUCGUUUCUCUAGAAAAACUGAAGUUUUUACAAAGUCAUGGCAUGCACAUCAAGUUAGAAAGUAGCAGUCCAAAAGCAGUGAAAGCUGGUGUGGAGCAUGCUGGUGGGGACAUGUUUGAGAGUGUCCCAAGUGGUGAUGCCAUCCUCAUGAAGUGGAUUCUACAUGACUGGAGUGAUGAGCAUGGACUGAAAAUCUUGAAAAAUUGCUGGAAAGCUCUGCCUGCAAAUGGAAAAAUGAUACUGGUAGAGUACAUGCUUCCAAUGGCCCCAGAAAGCACACAUGCAUCACAAACUGUACUUCAACUGGACAUGAUCAUGUUGGCUAAUAAUCCUGGUGGUAAAGAGAGGAGUGCACAAGAGUUUGAGUCCAUGGCCAAACAAGCUGGUUUUUCAGCAAUGAAACCUCAUUUCAGUUUUGUUGGUGUUUGGCUUAUUGAACUUUAUAAGUAGAUGGUUCUUAUAUUUUGUUGUCUAUCUAUAUCUUUACUUUUAUCGGUUAAUAAAAGAAAUUAGUGUUGAUUUGCACUAGUGAAU